AUGAAAUCAAUGUACAUGAAUAUGAACUCAUGUAAAACCAGAAAAGAUAUCGCUAUACAAACAGAUUCAGCAUCAGAAUAUUCUAGUGAAACAGAUGGUUCUGACGAGUCAGAGAUAAACAAUUAUUCAGGUUGUGAUUCAAAUUUAAUAUCAUCUAAAUUAUCAACAAAUUCUUCUUCUCAAGCUAUACAAUCUACCAUAAUCGAAUUAACUGAUGUAAAUAGUAACAAUAAUAAGAUCAAUGCUUCAUCACAUAAUCUACCUGGCUGUGAUAUUAAUGCUACAUCAUUUCCAUCGGAUACAUCUGGACAAUUAAUGCAAAACCCACAGGUACAAAAGUCGGAUAUAAUUGUAAAAUCUGAUUCUCAACAUGUAUACUUCAACUCAUCAGUCGAUACUCACAAUAGUAUUAAUAAUAAUAACAACAAUAGUAGCACCAUCAACCACAGUAACUUAUCAGAUUGUGAUAAGCGUAAUAGUUCAGCUAGUCUUGACAGUGGACGUGAUUCUACAUACGCUACGGGGAGUGAAGGCAGUAGUGGGGUUCAAUAUCCUCAACAAUAUUCUUCAGAUGAUGGGUAUAUUCUAUCACCAACUUUACCAUACUGUUAUAAUAGUCAAAUAUCAAGGAAUAACAUUAUCUCAACUCGUAAAAAUAAUCAUAACUCCAGCAGUUGUACACCAUUUGAUAAUACCUCCUCAUUACCAGUAGCAACGAUAUUACCAUUUUGUAAUCAUAAUAAUUCGACUACUUAUAACGUUAGUAAUUGUUGUGUGAAUAAUAGUAGUAAUGCUAGUAGUAGUCAUAGUAGAAAUUCUUCAUGUCAUCAAUUAAAACAAUACCACCAACAACAGUUCAAUAAAGAUGAUACCUUGACAUCACCAACACACAAGUAUAACAAUUAUAGUAGUAUAGAUAAUAAAAUUGCCAAUUCUAUGCUACAAUGUACGGAGCCUUGCGAAUAUUAUCAUAUUCCAUCAUAUCAAUCUACCAGGAAUUGUUGUUCAACUACUAAUCUUAUCAAACCAUCAACAUCACCGUCAUCACCAACACAACAGCAACAAUCAUUUUUGCCGUCCUAUUCAUCUUGUCAAGAAAGACAUUUUACUGAUUUUGAUGUUUCAAGACCAAAAGUACCAGCAAAUAUAUAUCAUCGAUCACAUGUUCUUUCGAAUAUGCCUACGCAAUCAAUACAUAGUAAUCAAUGCCAACAACAAUCAGUUCAUUCUGUUUUAAUCAAUCCCGAUGAUGAAGCAUUAUUUGCAUGGUUAAGAUCAGUUGGUCUUAGUCGAUUAAGUGGAUGUUUAUCUAAAUCCGGGUUUGAUCUAUGGACAUUGUGUCAUACAACACCGGAAGAAUUGAAUGCUUGCGGAAUUACUAAUCCAUAUGAUCGACAAAUUUUGAGAAACCAACUCUCUACUCUUCAAUUAUCUGAUCCAUUUACAGAAAAACAACUACCGGCUAGUGUUCAUGAAUGGUUAAUACAAUUACAUUUACAACAAUAUUGGCCUAAAUUUAAUGAUCAAGGUUUAAUAACAUUUGAACAAAUUAUUCGUAUUACAUGGGAUGAUUUAGAAGAGAUUGGUAUUUCCAAAUUAGGUCAUCAAAAGAAACUUCUCACUGCUAUUAAUAAAUUAAAUCGUUUAAUUUUAUCAUCCAAAAUCAAUGAUACCACAAUCGGUUGUUCACUUCAGAAAGAUAUUCAUUUUAUACCAUCAUCUACGUCUUCAUUUAUUCCAAAUGAUACUAGAUCAUCAUCAUUAGUAGUAAAUUAUGAUUAUUUAACAAAAUUACCACAAUAUCAAUCGAAUCAUAAUGAUGUUAAUAAAACAAAUGAAAUAAAAAACAAGGAAUAUUGUCAACAAUAUUUAAAAGUUUCAGAAAUUGGGAUACAAGUUGAAGAAAGUCAAACAAAAUCACAUACUUCACCGUCAUCACCUUGCUCUUCUUCCAAUUCAACAACCUCAGAUUUAUCAUCAAAUGAUUCACGAUAUUCCCUUCCUCCGCCAGUUGAUUUUCAAGACUCACCACCUAAAUCAUCGUCAUCUACUUUUCCAACUAUUUCAUUAAUUCAUGAUUCAGAACAUUCAAAUUCUAAUUUACAACAAUCUAAUUCUUCUUGUAUAAUAAAUGAACAAUUAAGAUCUAAUCUUUCAUCAUGUACUACUAUAGUUAAUAACAAUGUUCAAUCUUCUCAUUCAUUGUGUAAUAUUCAUAAUCCCAUAAAUAUGGAUAACACAUUAAUAAACAAAAAUUCAACAUCUGUACGCUUCAGUAAUUUUGAGUAUCAUAAAGAAGAACAAUUGAAUAAAGUUGCACAAUCGAAAAUAUUUCAAAGGCGUUCUUCCAAUCCUACAUUAUAUUCACUGAAACCUAAUGAUCCUGUACAAAAUACUAGCGAUUUAUCAAAAUGGUCCUCAGGUCUUUUAACAACUCCACAACUACGACUUCCAAUCAAUGUCAAUUCUAAUUCUGAUCCAGAUUUGGAAGCUAUGCACAAUAUACAAGUUAUGCUUGAUCAAAUCAGUGAACGCCUUAUCUUAACUAAUAAAUAG